CUAAUUGUGUAAAAAGUCAUGUUUAAUCCAGCAUCUCUCUGUCAAAUCCCUCUGAGAUUUCUGCCUAAUAAAUUUAUUGUAAACGAUUAAUAAUUAGUAUAGAUAUUAUCUACCGGUAGUGUGACUUUUAUUUUGAAGUGCAACGUCCGGGCGCGUCUGUUCUGGGGUAAUUUCCUCUCACUUCACACUCUGCUCACAGUAUCGGAUUUGAUAAAAACAUCCGAGUGUCAAAAUCCUGGUGAAUUUAUUUACACACAUAUAACCAGUGAGUUUGUGGAUCAUGCCGGGAGACUCAAAAACACAGCAGCCCACCAUCAUCGAAUGACAGACACUGAGAUCCUCUGAAUCUGUGGAAAUAAUUAUCGUGUUGUUUUGUGUUCAGUGCCGGACUGCGGCCCCGGGGCCUCCUGCUGCGAUCUUCAUCACUUUAAGUGGUCGUCUGAGGAUGUCUGCUUUGUUUAUCAUUCACUGCUCUUCAUGCCUGUUUCAGGUAGGAAGUGCCUAGGGGGAAGGUCACUGAGGAGUGAUGCCUGUUGAAAGUGGAAACAGCGCAGCCGCCCGUCAAGUCAAACAGAAGCGCAAGUCGCACAGUCUCUCCAUUCGGAGGACCAACAGCACCGAGCAGGACAGACCAGGCAUGCAGAGAGACAUGCUGGAGGGCCAGGACUCUAAGUUGCCGAUGGCCAUAAGGAGCAACUUAAUGGAUCUAUUCGGACAGAUUGAACGUGAAUUUGAAAAUCUCUACAUUGAAAACUUGGAGUUGAGGAGAGAGAUUGAUUCGCUGAAUGAACGUUUGGCUGGAGAGGGACAGACAGUCGAUGGAGGCGAUCUCAGCAAAGGAGCCUUGAAAACAAAAGCUAGUCAUAGUACAAGUCAACUGUCCCAAAAACUAAAGACAACAUACAAGGCCUCAACAAGCAAGAUCGUGUCCAGUUUCAAAGCAACCACGUCACGUGCGGUCUGUCAGCUGGCGAAGGAAUAUGUGGGUCACAGAGACGGGAUAUGGGAUCUGGCCGUGACUCGGGUUCAGCCGCUAGUUCUGGGCACGGCCUCAGCCGAUCACUGUUCAAUGCUGUGGAGUAUUGAGACUGGGAAAUGUCUGUUAAAAUACGUCGGUCAUGCCGGAUCAGUAAACUCCAUUAAGUUUCACCCUACAGAACAGAUGGCACUUACAGCGUCCGGGGACCAGACUGCACACAUCUGGCGUUACAUGGUACAGCUGCCACUUCCCCAGCCGCCAGCUGACAUCAGCGCCUCGCUGGACGAUGACGUGGAUUUCUCUGAUAAAGACGAGGCCGACGGGGAGGCGGAUGGGCCCAGUGAAUGCCCCACCAUCCGCGUCGCCACGACAACCUUAAAAAGCCACCAGGGGGUGGUGAUUGCAGCUGAUUGGCUGGUGGGAGGAAAGCAGGUGGUGACUGCAUCCUGGGACCGAGCUGCCAAUCUUUAUGAUGUAGAAACCUCUGAAUUAGUGCACACGCUCACAGGUCACGAUCAAGAGCUGACCCACUGCUGUACUCAUCCCACACAGCGCCUGGUGGUGACCUCAUCCAGGGACACAACCUUCCGCCUCUGGGAUUUCAGAGAUCCUUCCAUUCACUCGGUGAAUGUCUUCCAGGGUCACACAGACACUGUGACGUCAGCCGUUUUCACUGUGGGGGACAACGUGGUGUCUGGAAGUGACGAUCGCACCGUCAAGGUGUGGGACCUGAAGAACAUGAGAUCUCCGAUUGCUACCAUCCGCACCGACUCGGCUGUUAAUAGGAUAAGCGUCUCAGCGAACCAAAGAAUCAUUGCUCUACCGCAUGACAACAGACAGGUCAGGCUAUUCGACAUGAAUGGGGUUCGUCUGGCUCGCCUUCCACGGAGCAAUAGACAGGGUCAUCGUCGGAUGGUGUGCUGCUCGGCGUGGAAUGAAGAAAAUCAAGCCUGUAAUCUCUUCACUUGUGGUUUCGACCGCCAGGCCAUCGGCUGGAGCAUCAACAUCCCUGCCCUGCUACAGGAUAAGUGACGGGCUGGCACCCGCAACCCACGUUUGCACAGUUUUACACGCGUAUACAAGCUUAGCACAGCCCAUCCGCACAAUUUCCACUGAAUCCUCUGAAACGUGUGCACCUGCAGUAGAUUUACUUCAUAUACGAUACGAUUCAGUGCUUCAUACCAGUUGCCGUCUCCUGUCUCGCGGUCAUCCUGUCAUGCUUUGAAGAGUGUGUGCGUGCAAUCGACAUCAGCGGACAACAACAGGCUUUGAAGAUUGAACUCCAAACACCUGAUGUUUAAUACCAUAGUGCUUCUGCAUAUCUACGAUGUCUUCUCUGAGGUCAUAUAGUGUGGUGAACUUGUACCCUGUUUUUGCAUGAUUUAAGCUGGCAUUCGUGAAUUCUGAGAGACCGGGGCAUUAUUGAAACCUUAGGUUGCUGUUACGUUCAAAUAAUUUUACACUUUAGCUGUGUUUUUGUUGUGCAAUGUGUUCAGUUUGUUCCAUGUACAGAUUGCAUUUUAUUUUACGAUAGCAUUUUAGAAUUUUUUUCAUGGUUUCGGCUUGGCUUUGUAUAGAGACGAGCCUUCAAAAGAAACCUUAGAGCACUCUGCCUUUGUGAAAGGAAAUCUGCAAUCACAUUUACGGAUCCGCACCUUCCCGACGUUCUGAUUGGAACCGUCGUUCACGCGGCCAAUCAGCUUCUUUCAGUAUCGCCGCAGUGCAUUUGCAUGAUAAACCCAGCUCUUUGUCAAAUGUGAAGCGAAAUGCUGUAUAAUUGCUGUCGAAUCUUGUUCACCUAUUUGAAAACAACAACAAAAAGACAAUGUAAGUAGUAGUUUGACUGUUUAUAGAGUCCUGAAAAUUGAUGUUUGAUGUUUCAUUGAAAUGGCUUUUAAGUCUUGUAGAAAUAAAUACUUCAAUGUCGAUUUCCGAGGUUCACAUCUUGGUCACUGCUAUACUUAAGGAUAAGGUUUUCAGCUGUGUUCAAUAUUGAAAUAUUUGUCUGUAAUUAUUGGACCAAAUGUUGUCGGUGACGUUCUCAAUGCUACUGAUCCUUGAUAGGUUUGCAGAUAUGUACAUUAGAUUCUGUGUGUGAUGUAUGUACAGAAAAAAAACAUCACCGCAGAAGCUGUCAGUCAUUUUUGUGACAUUGUUAUUAGGUUGUUAUAGUUCAGUAAUGCAGUGAUUAUACUAAUUAUAACCAAAAGUACAUGAGUAGAAAUGCUGGUGGAAAAGUAUUAAUAGUAUUUUUCCAUGUAAACAGGUCAGUAGGUUCCAUCGAAAAAGAUGUUCAUGAUGUAAUAUUUGUAUGAUCUUCAUUUUAAUUGACAGAGAUGAAAUGUAUGUAAAACGGCAUAUAAAUGGCUUUUACUCAACUGUCAAUGAGCUACAAUCAUGCACACAUUUGACUGAGAAUGUUUUGUAAAAAUGUUGUAGAUCUGACUUGUAUAACAAUCUGUUGGGUAUUCGGUAUUGAGCCAUUUCAUAUUUUUCUUCUAUUCAAGAGUAACCUCAUUUACUGUAUUGGAAAAACAAUGUAUUGCAGCUUAAGACAAUUUAGAAAUGUAAAGUAGAAUCAAUAAAAAUCAUUCACUGCCUGGCUUCGGAAUAAAGUGACAUUUUUCAAUAGUCA